GGAUCAAUGAUUUUGAUUUUAACGUGAUAUCUGUCUUCCAUUACGGUAGUUAUUAAAUGAAUUAGUUUUAAAUUUACCUAAACACUAAAAUGAGUCAAUUAUGAUCAUGUAGGUACACAUUUUUAUAUUGCAAUACCAAUAAUAUUCAAGUAGCUUACAAUUAUCUGCCCAUCGUUCAUUAUAUUUAAUCUAUUGUAACAGUAACCAUAAAAACAUAAGUGCUGGUUUCUUUCUUGUAAAACCACGGCUUAAAAUACAUGUGUCAUGACGGUAGACAUAUUUGAUGAACCAGAUGUGCAUUGCAAACCAAAUGCAUUAGUCGGUAAUUUUGGAUGGUUCCUCCAAGGCCUUUUAGCUACAUUGGCAUUUCUCUGUUUAAUAAUAAAACGAUUUUGUGAACCAAAAUAUGAUCGACGACCCUGGAAAGUAUGGUUUUUUGAUACUUCUAAACAAGGAAUGGGGUCCUUGCUUUUGCAUUCAGCAAAUUUAGUUUUGGCUGGUCAAAUUCAAGGUGAUCCAUGCACAUGGUGAAUAUAUAUAGAUAUUUUUAU